UAUUAGACUAUCUUCUCACUUUUUCGAAAGUCUUUUACACACAAGAUUUGUUUAUACCUGUCUAUAUCACCUUGGUGUACAUAUGGCAAUAUAAAAUUAAUGAUUCAACCAACAGUUUUCCAUAAAGUUGGACAAUGAAAAUGAAAUAGUAAGGCCAAAGCACAAGAAUGUCGUGUUUGCAGUUUUUAUCGCACUAGAAAAAAAACAACAGGAAAUCAACCAUCCAAAUCAAAAUGAAGCAGGAUACAACCUACGAAAUGAAUUCCACUAGCAGGAGAUAAACACCAUGAAUAUAGUCAUCACGCAAGAUACUAAAGUUGGUUUUUACAUCAAUUUGAAGUCUCUCGUCCAUUUUCGGAAUUCCGUAGAUCUAUAGUGUUUAGAUCGGGAUUUAAGAUGGAAAUAGACAACAGUGAAGGAUUUCGGGCUUUGAAAGUUUCGAAUGAAACAGACUACGGUAUGGCGACGCUUAUAGAUACAUAUUAUGCGGAUUUACUUUGGAUAUAUUUUUCACCGUGUGUAAUACUUUUAGGAAUGAUUUCAUCAACUUUGUCCAUAAGAGUAUUAUUAAGAAGAACUAUGAGACGUUCUACAACCAUGUUUUACCUAACAGUAUUAUCAUUUGGAGAUAUUCUUGUGGUCAACACAGGACUUUUACGCCGAUGGAUACGAUAUGCUUUUGAAAUUGACAUUCGAACAUUUGGUCCCCUCAGUUGUAAAAUCCACGUUUUUAUGACCUAUUUUUCACUCCAGUUUACGGCAUGGAUUUUGGUUGCCGUGACCAUCGACAGGUGUAUUUCAGUAAAACUUCCAUUAAGAGCAGUCUAUUAUUGUACAAUGCGCCGAAGUCGUUUUGUUGUUGUUUUUAUCACCUUUCUUUUGAUCAUGGUUAAUGGACAUUUACUAUUCACUACCGAUUUUCAAGACGGAAUAUGUCAAUUUAACUCAUUUUCCACGAUCGCUUGGCCUUUUAUGGACUUAGCGUUAUAUUGUUUUUUCCCGUUUAGUAUAAUGCUGAUAUGCAAUGUUAUUAUUAUUCGGACAAUCAUCAAAUCAUUCGAGCGGUUUGUAACUAUCAAAGAAAAAACAUCGCCUAAGAAUUUGUCAAAUGAAGCAAAUGCCAGACGGCAACGCAAUCGAAAUUCGAAUAUGACGGCCAUGUUACUUGCAGUGAAUAUAUCCUUCCUCGUUUGUACACUUCCAGUUUCAGUGUAUUACAUCUGUGAGGAGUUUUUCAUGGACGCAGACCCAUCACUUAUGAAUCUUCUUGAAACAAUUUCAAGCUUAUUGAUGUAUAUGAACAAUGCUAUUAGUUUCUUUCUAUACUGUCUUAGUGGGACAAAAUUUAGAAGAGAAUUAUUGAAAAUGUUUAAACGAACAACAAAAGAAAAGACAAGAGCGAGAAAUUAUUCAAUAGAAAGCAUCUCUUCUAUUGUGGAUUCGUAAUAUCAAAUCAUUUUAUCAAUCAUAAUUGACAGUUUUAUUUUUAUGUGUAUUUAUAUUUGCAGAUAUGUAUACUUUUAUUUACAGAUUUACGUCAAAUUAUAAAAGUAAUGGAUAUGGGAAAAAUAUCAUAACAAAUAUAUGUGCCUUAGUUUUAUAAGGAAUCAAAUAUAUAAUAAAUGGCCAAGUAUCAGCUGAUAUUGCAGCACUGAUAACUGAGUUAUGUCAAAUUAAAA